UGCCAAUUCUCGAGCAUCAGUCAGUUUGUAAACGUUCCAAUAACAAAGUUGAGUACUGAACCGUGAAAAUGUUCAAAUUCGUUAUUCUGUUCGUGCUCAUCGCUGUCAGUUUGGCACUUCCGUCUGCGCAUGAAGACGGAAAGAGAAUCGCCAGAGCGACUCACGCCCACCACGGCCACGACUGCGAUGGUCCUGGCGGUUUCAGAGGUCCCGGAGGCUUUGGAGGCGCAGGAGCUGGAGCCGGAGCCGAAGCCGGAGCCAAUGCAGGUGCCGGAGGUUUUGGCGGUAUGCCCUUCGGCGGCAUGGGCGCUGGCAGCGGCGCCAACGCUCAGGCAAGCGCCAAUGCCGGCUCCUCUGCUUUCGGCAAGUAGGCGAGAUAAGCUGCUUCGAAAUCUUAUUUCACUCUGAUGUAUAGUAUAGUAGAAAAUAAAGGCUCUUCCAAAACAAA